AAUUGUUUGGCAGGAUGCCAAAUUGGUUUACCAAAUAGCAUGGAACCCUUACAGGAGCUCAAAUUCUUCUCAGCUUUCUUACAGCUGUCAAAUGGCUUCUGUGUCCAACCACCUCAUUUCAUCCUUCUCAUACCCGAGAGGAGCAGCUUCACUUGCACGAAGAGGGGAUUCCCCAUCGAUUUUCCGACGAGGACAUUACUCUUUCAAAUCUAGUUCUGAUGUCAACGGGAACAAAUUUGGUAGAAUACUCGCUUGUGCGGCACAAACUGGGAGGAGGCAAGUGGAGAUUGUUUAUGAUCCGGAGGAGAGGUUUAAUAGGCUGGCAGAUGAAGUGGAUAAGAACACUAAGCUUUCUAGGUUGACUUUAUUCUCGCCCUGUAAGAUCAAUGUUUUCUUGAGGAUAACUGGAAAGAGGGAAGAUGGAUUUCAUGAUUUGGCCUCUUUGUUCCAUGUAAUUAGUUUGGGAGAUACGAUUAAAUUCUCCUUGUCACCAUCAAAGACAAAGGAUCGCCUGUCAACUAAUGUGCCAGGAGUUCCAGUUGAUGAUAGAAAUUUGAUAAUCAAAGCUCUCAAUCUCUACAGGAAGAAAACUGGGACAAAUAAUUUCUUUUGGAUUCAUCUUGACAAAAAAGUUCCUACUGGUGCUGGGCUUGGUGGUGGAAGUAGUAAUGCAGCAACUGCUUUGUGGGCUGCCAACCAGUUUAGUGGUUUUCUUGUUACUGAAAAAGAGCUUCAGGAAUGGUCAGGUGAAAUUGGUUCAGAUAUUCCAUUUUUUUUCUCGAAUGGGGCUGCAUAUUGUACCGGGAGGGGUGAGGUUGUCCAAGAUCUUCCGCAUGCAUUACCUACGGACUUGCCAAUGGUUCUUAUAAAGCCCCAAGAAGCAUGCCCAACUGCCGAAGUGUACAAGCGACUUCAUCUUGGUAAAACUAGUUCAGUUGACCCAUUGACGUUGCUCGAAAAAUGUGUUCAAAGUGGAAUAUCUCAAGAUGUCUGCAUAAAUGAUCUAGAGGCCCCUGCAUUUGAUGUUUUGCCGUCUUUGAAGAAGUUGAAGCAACGCGUGCUAGCUGCAGGGCGUGGACAGUACAGCGCUGUUUUCAUGUCUGGAAGCGGAAGCACCAUCGUAGGAAUUGGUUCGCCAGACCCACCUCAAUUUGUUUAUGAUGAGGAUGAAUACAAUGAUAUUUUCAUAUCAGAGGCUUCCUUUCUCACGAGGCAGGAGAACCAGUGGUACGCAGAGCCAACUUCAUCAACAACCUCUUUUAGCAAAGAAGAGAUGUCACAAACAGGAGAAUAAAUCAUGCUGAUUUGUGAGAAUUUAGACUUUCAUUCCUGUAAUCUUUCUUCUUCUUUAUUUUCCUCACAGGUUAACCAAAUCAAAGGAAAUGAUAUUGUAUCACUAAAUAUACUGUUCAUGCCAGACAUAUCAAUCAAAUAGAAAGUGUUGUGAAGCAUGCAA